AUGAUAUUCUCUCAACUCAGUGGGCCCGUGACCACAAAGCCAAAAGGCUCAAAACCAAUAGAAAAAAAAAGUAACCCUAAAAAUCCCAAGACGAUGUCAACUGCCGCCGCUUCCAGCACUAACGAGCCACCACGAACAAACAAUGAGCAUCCACAGUCACCACCGUCGUCGUCGUCUUUUUCCUCGUUACCAAACGACAUCCUUAAGCCAUACUCUGUUGCUAUCAUGGUAGGUCCAGAGAUCUACUUCCUCGGGGGUUAUUACAAUCACCCUUCCAGGGACAUGUGGAUCCUCGAUUCCCGAUCUGGAAAACGGAGUCAGGCUGUGGGACUAGUUGAUGAGAAAAUCUACGCUUUUGGAAGGUACGAAGAGGAAGAUGAAGAGAUCAAAGCGGACGUGUUUGACACAAAGACGCAAACUUGGGAAGUCGCGGAAGUCGCGCCAGUUUUCAAUGUGGAAUGGUCAUGUCUAUGGAUGUCGGUGGUGAGCCCGUCACUAGACAAAAAGGUUUAUGUGAGGAAAUCUGCACAAGUCAUAGUUUAUGAUCCGAGAGAUGGUAACUGUGAGAAGAUUGAUAUACCAAAUGAUCAUUUGUUCGGUUACGACGUGUGUGUGAUAGACAAUAUGCUAUACAUAUAUUGCUCUUAUGUUGGGUUAAUGUGGUAUGACUCUAAGGAGAAGUAUUGA